AUGUCAAACCAUCGUUUAUUAACUGUUGAAGAAUGGAACAAAAAAUUAUCUUCGAAUAAACAUUCGUUUCCUAUAGAUCCUGCUAUCAAAGAAAUUUUAUUUGAAUCAAAUGAGGAUCACGCGAAAUGGUCUUUAAAUCGUGAAUUACUUCAAACCUUAAAAAGUUCACUUGAGAAAAUUACAAAAUUUGACAAGGAUUCUGAUAUCAAAGAAUUUUUGUCCAAAUUCAAUAAUUUAAUUCGACUUCCACAUGUUCAGACGAGUAAAGACGGAUUAUCCUCUAAUGUCCAAAUGUUUAGUGAGCUUAUUGAUGAAACUCUCCCUAAACAUCUUGAAAAUUGGGAUGAUUCAAUUAUUGAAAUAUUAUUUUCGAUCUUUAGUCAAAUAUUAUUAUUAUUACUUGUCACUAAACAUUCUGAAAGUAUUAUGGAUCAUUUAGAAGAAGUCAAAGUUGCUGCAGAAAAGUCAACGGCAUUUAUGAAAAAGAGCGUUUUGGAAAGAUAG